AUGAAGACCAUCCUGAGAGGAGUCGUGUUGAAAGAAUACCUCACCUUCAAAACGUUCGUGGCCAAAGUAAUCGGCCUCACCUGUGCUCUGGGCAGUGGGAUGCCUCUGGGCAAAGAGGGGCCGUUCGUUCACAUCGCCAGUUUGUGUGCUGCGCUACUCAGCAAGUUUAUGUCUUUGUUUGGAGGGAUUUACGAGAACGAGUCCAGGAACAUCGAGAUGCUAGCCGCUGCGUGUGCCGUUGGGGUGGGCUGUUGCUUCGCUGCGCCCAUCGGAGGUGUUUUGUUCAGCAUCGAAGUAACGUCCACGUUCUUCGCCGUGAGGAACUACUGGAGAGGAUUCUUCGCUGCUACUUUCAGUGCCUUCAUUUUCAGAGUUCUGGCUGUUUGGAACAAAGAUGAAGAAACCAUCACGGCUUUGUUCAAAACCAGAUUUCGCCUGGAUUUCCCCUUCGACCUGCAGGAGCUGCCGGCUUUCGCAGUUAUUGGGAUUGCCAGUGGAUUCGGUGGAGCCUUGUUCGUCUACUUGAACCGUCUGAUUGUUCAGUUCAUCCGGAAACAAAAGACUAUCAACAAAUUCCUCAUGAAAAAGCGUCUGCUGUACCCCGCACUGGUCACUUUAAUCAUUUCCACCAUGACGUUUCCUCCCGGCUUCGGACAGUUCAUGGCCGGCAAGCUGACACAGAAGGAGUCUCUGGUCACAUUAUUGGACAAUCGCACUUGGGCCAAACAAGGAAUCGCAGAAGAGUUUGACUACCUCGGCAACUCUCAGGCCUGGCUGCACCCGCAGGUCAACGUCUUCGUCACCCUGGUCAUCUUCAUCGUCAUGAAGUUCUGGAUGUCGGCCCUGGCCACCACCAUCCCAGUGCCCUGUGGAGCCUUCAUGCCGGUGUUUGUCAUUGGUACGUAA